GUGCUGCCCCCCGUGCUGGGGCCUGGCCUUGGCGGGGCCGCAGCGCUCAUGGCUGCGGCCAGCGUGACCCCUCCCGGCUCCCUGGACCUGCUGCAGCCUGGCUUCUCCAAGACCCUCCUGGGGACCAAGCUGGAAGACAAGUACCUGUGCUCGGCCUGCAGGAACGUCCUGCGCAGGCCCUUCCAGGCCCAGUGCGGCCACCGCUACUGUUCCUUCUGCCUGAGCAGCAUCCUGAGCUCCGGGCCCCAGAACUGUGCCGCCUGUGUGCACGAGGGCAUCUACGAGGAGGGCAUCUCUAUCCUGGAGAGCAGCUCGGCCUUCCCGGACAAUGCUGCCCGCAGGGAGGUGGAGAGCCUGCCGGCCAUCUGCCCCAGCGAGGGCUGCACCUGGACGGGGACCCUGAAGGAGUACGAGAGCUGCCACGAGGGACACUGCCCCUUCAUGCUGACCGAGUGUCCGGCGUGUAAAGGCCUGGUGCGCCUGGGCCAGAAGGAGCACCACCUGGAGCACGAGUGCCCGGAGAGGAGCCUCAGCUGCCGGCACUGCAGGGCGCCCUGCUGCCCAGCCGACAUGAAGGCGCACCUCCAGGUCUGCCCCAAGUUCCCCUUGACCUGCGAUGGCUGCGGCAAGAAGAAGAUCCCUCGGGAGAAAUUUCAGGACCACGUCAGGACGUGUGGCCGGUGCCGCGUCUUCUGCAGGUUCCACGCUGUCGGCUGCCCCGAGAUGGUGGAGAGCGAGAAGCUGCAGGAGCACGAGGCGGGGCGGCUGCGGGAGCACCUGGCCCUGCUGCUCGGCGCCCUCCUGCAGGCCGGACCCCCCCCACGGCACGGCCACCCCCUCCCCGGCCAGCCCGAGGCGGGCUGGGAGGCCAGCGCGCCAGGCCCGGGGCCGGCCCCCCCCACGGCUGCAGAGCUGCUGCAGAGGUGCGAGGCCCUGGAGCGGAAGACGGCCACCUUCGAGAACAUCGUCUGCGUGCUGAACCGGGAGGUGGAGAGGGUGGCCAUGACCGCCGAGGCCUGCGGCCGGCAGCACCGGCUGGACCAAGACAGGAUCGAAGCCCUGAGCAAUAAGGUGCAGCAGCUGGAGAGAAGCAUCGGCCUGAAGGACCUGGCCAUGGCCGACCUGGAGCAGAAGGUCCACGAGAUGGAGGCGUCCACCUUCGACGGGGUCUUCAUCUGGAAGAUCUCGGACUUCGCCAGGAAGCGCCAGGAAGCCGUGGCCGGCCGCACACCCGCCAUCUUCUCCCCAGCCUUCUACACCAGCAGGUACGGCUACAAGAUGUGCCUGCGCGCCUACCUGAAUGGAGACGGCACCGGGCGCGGGACGCACCUGUCCCUCUUCUUCGUGCUCAUGAAGGGCCCCCACGACGCCCUCCUGCGCUGGCCCUUCAACCAGAAGGUGACCCUGAUGCUGCUCGACCAGAACAACCGGGAGCACGUGAUCGACGCCUUCCGGCCCGACGUGACCUCGUCCUCCUUCCAGAGGCCGGUCAGUGACAUGAACAUCGCCAGCGGCUGCCCUCUCUUCUGCCCUGUAUCCAGGAUGGAGGCCAAGAACUCCUACGUGCGCGACGACGCCAUCUUCCUCAAGGCCAUCGUGGACCUGACGGGGCUCUAGCUCUGCCCACGGCAGGGGCCGCCUCCCAGGAAAGGGCCCGGCCCAAGGCCACAGGCGUGGGCCGUGGGCCCGCGUGUCCGCAGCGGGUGGGCCAUGCAGGCGCGGGGCCCUCGGCCUGCAGCGGGGCGGCCGGGGCCACGGCGAGGGGCCCCUGGAUGGGGGGGCCGGUCUCGGGCCUGGCUGCCGCGCGGGGAGAGCCCUGCUGGGCCAGCCUGACUGGGCCGCAGGUGGCGAGGGCACCCCGUGUCCCCUGUCCUGUGGUGCGUGCGGGGCGUGUGUCCAGCCCUGCCGCAAAACACGUCAGCUUCCCCGCCAGGUGCGAGAAGUUGCCAUUGAACCCUUGCAUCUCUGGUGAGUGGCGUCCGUCUGCUGUGGCCUGGCCGGCAGCGGCCCUGGCGGGGCCUCCGCAUGCCCUGCGCGUCGCCAGCUGCGCGAGGCUCGGUGGGCCCCUGACACCGCAGCCUCGCGCGGACGGUGCGGGGUGGCCCGCCGUGCUCUCUGGGAGGCCUGCUGGGUGGCUCCUGCUGCCUCAGGCCUCCCCGGGGGCUGCACCGGAGAGCAGGGCCGCACGCCUGCCGCCCCGUGCAGGGCCCCAGCCUGGAAGAGUGGCCAGUGGCUUGGUCUGCGUUUGGGGACUGGACACGUGGCGUCGACCCGGGACCGGGACUUGCCUGGCCUCAGGCGUUUCCCUGGUGGCGGCAGAGCCCGGGCAGCCUGAGCGCAGAACCGGGGCCGCGCCCUGGGGGCCGCAGGGCGCGGCGGGUCCUGGCCGGCGGCUGCCCACACGCGGCUGCACCGCUGACCUGGCCUGGGUGCUCGCGAGCAGGGUCUGUGCCGAGGACCUUCCGUGCCCUGGACGCCCCGCAGCGCCGCCCCCUCAUUUCUCUGUCGUGAGGAGGUAGAGUCGAGGACGCAGAGAGUGAGGAGCUCUGUGUGUCCAGAGUUAACAAAUGUACACAUUUUGGAUUAUGUAUU